AUGGGCUCCACAUCCGAAAUGGACACUGUCGAGAUCGGCAUCAUCGGCAUGGGUGACAUGGGCCGCCUCUAUGCCACCAAGAUGCGAGACGCAGGAUGGACCAAGGUCAACGUCUGCGACCGCCCAGAAAACUACGACAAGCUCCGCACAGAGCUCCAAGGCUCUGGGCUCAACGUCCUCCGCGACGGACACCUCGUCUCGCGGCGAAGCGACUACAUCAUCUACUCGGUCGAAGCUGCCUACAUCGAUGCCGUCGUAGCGCAGUACGGAUCCUCGACCAAGAUCGGCGCCAUCGUCGCCGGCCAGACGUCGGUAAAGGCGCCAGAGAAGGAGGCCUUCGAAAAGCACCUGCCCAACGACACCUACAUCAUCUCGUGCCACUCCAUGCACGGUCCCAAAGUCGACCCUACCGGUCAACCGCUCAUCCUCAUCCAGCACCGGGCGCCCGACGAAAAGCUUCGUCUCGUCGAGCGCAUCAUGGCGUGUUUCAAAUCCAACUUUGUCUACCUCACCUACGAGGAGCACGACACCGUCACCGCCAACACCCAAGCCGUCACACACGCCGCCUUCCUCUCCAUGGGCACCGCCUGGAGCUGCUCCAACCAGUACCCCUGGGAGUCGGAACGCUACCCGGGCGGCAUCGAGACGGUCAAGAUUAACAUCUGCCUGCGCAUCUACUCGGCCAAAUGGCACGUCUACGCCGGACUUGCGCUGCUCAAUCCGGCUGCCAAGACGCAGGUCACACAGUUUGCACAGAGCUGCACCAUGCUCUUCAAGCUCAUGGUGGCCGAGCGCGAGGACGAGCUGAUGCAGCGCGUCUUUGCCGCCCGCCGCAAGGUGUUUGGCUGGGAGAACGAAGAAGAAAGCAACAGCGUCAUCUCGCGCACGGGUGCCAAGGAGGAACGCAAACCCAUCCUCAUGAGCGACAAGCUGCUCGAUCGAUUCCACAUGGCCGCACGCAAAGCCGUCUCCUCCACAACAUCCGACUCGGCGCAAGCGACGACAGAGGAGGCAAAGGCAGCCGCGGCAGCCACACCGCCCAACUCGCAUCUGUCGCUGCUCGCUAUCGUCGACUGCUGGAGCGAGCUGGGCAUCAACCCUUACGACCACCUCGAUCUGGCCGCCACGCCCAUCUUCCGGAUCUGGAUCGGCGUAUGCGAGUACCUCUUUCGCUCGCCCGAGCGGCUGCGACAAGCGUGCCACGCCGCCGCGCGCGACCACAGCUUCCGCGCCGACGACACCGAGUUCGUCAUCGCCUCGCGCGGAUGGGCCCAGGCGGUGCAGUUUGGCAACUUUGACAGCUACCAGCGCCGCUUCGAAGAGACGCGCCGCUUCUUUGAACAUCGCUUCCAAGAAGCAGGUGCCGUGGGCGCAGAGAUGCUCAAGGUCGUACUGGCGAAUUGA